AUGUGGAAGACGAUUAUAGAUUAUACGUUGACUACUAUGACAUCUUGUAAACCAGUUUGUUUUUUUUGUCAAAAUGAUAUAGAUGGAACCUUUAUUUAGUCAUCCUGUUAUCAUACAUAUCAUUAAGAUUGCUUAAAAACCUUAUUUCAUGAUAAAUUAUUAAGUUAAAGUCCUAUUUUGUAAUGCUUAUGUACAAGAAAAUAAAACCCAAAUAUUCUUGAGCAUUUUAGUGAUGAUCAUGCUAAAAUUCUACUAAAAUAAAAAUUAUUUAUCAAUCAAUUGAAGAAGAUAGCAUAAAAAUAUAAACUUGAGAAGUGUAAAUCUUCAAAAUGCUCUUUUUAUUAUAAAAUAGAUAUAAGGUUAUCCUACAAGGUGUCAUAUUGUCCUUCAUGUUUGUUGUGA